UGGCUGUGAAAGGGUGGGGUUUGCUCAGACUGUCCUUCCUCUCUGGACUGUAAGAAUAUGUCUCCAGGGCCAGUGUCUUCUGAGAUCGAGUCACACCUUCAAAGUCCUGGCAUCUCAAUGCAUCUGGAAAGCUACCUGCAUUAAGUCAGGACUGAGUUACAUUGGAAAGAAGACUUCUCUUCUGGUUCCAGGAAAUUCUCAGUGAAAAUCUCAAUCAGGACCUAUGAUAUGCUUCUUGGAACUGAAAAGAGAUUUUUGCACACAAGUGAGUUUCAGAAAGAAGAAGCGAUGGCUACAGUGAUACUGGAGAGCAUCUUUCUCAAGCGAUCCCAACAGAAAAAGAAAACAUCACCUUUAAACUUCAAGAAGCGCCUCUUUCUCUUGACUGUGAAUAAACUUUCCUAUUAUGAGUAUGACUUUGAACGUGGGAGAAGAGGCAGUAAGAAGGGUUCAAUAGAUAUUGAGAAGAUCACCUGCGUUGAAACAGUGGUUCCUGAAAAAAAUCCUCCCCCUGAAAGACAGAUUCAGAGAAGGGGUGAAGAAUCCAGUGAAAUGGAGCAGAUUUCAAUCAUUGAAAGGUUCCCUUAUCCCUUCCAGGUUGUAUAUGAUGAAGGGCCUCUUUAUGUCUUCUCCCCAACUGAAGAACUGAGGAAGCGCUGGAUUCAUCAGCUCAAAAAUGUAAUCCGGUACAACAGUGAUCUGGCACAGAAAUACCAUCCUUGCUUCUGGAUCGAUGGGCAGUAUCUCUGCUGCUCUCAGACAGCCAAAAAUGCUAUGGGCUGCCAAAUUUUGGAGAAUAGGAAUGGAAGUUUAAAACCUGGGAGUUCUCACCGAAAGACGAAAAAGCCCCUUCCUCCCACACCUGAAGAGGACCAGAUCUUGAAAAAGCCUCUGCCCCCUGAGCCAACAGCACCACCUGCCUCUACAAGUGAGCUGAAAAAGGUUGUAGCCCUUUAUGAUUACCUGCCAAUGAAUGCAAAUGAUCUACAGCUACGAAAGGGUGAUGAGUAUUUUAUCCUGGAGGAGAGCAACUUACCCUGGUGGAGAGCGCGGGAUAAAAAUGGGCAGGAAGGCUACAUUCCUAGUAACUAUGUCACCGAAGCAGAAGACUCCAUAGAAAUGUAUGAGUGGUAUUCUAAACACAUGACUCGGAGUCAAGCUGAGCAACUGCUAAAGCAAGAGGGGAAAGAAGGAGGUUUCAUUGUCAGAGACUCCAGCAAAGCAGGAAAAUAUACUGUGUCUGUGUUUGCUAAAUCUACAGGGGACUCUCAAGGGGUGAUACGCCAUUAUGUUGUGUGUUCCACACCUCAGAGCCAGUAUUACCUGGCUGAGAAGCACCUUUUCAGCACCAUCCCUGAACUCAUUAACUACCAUCAGCAUAACUCUGCAGGACUCAUAUCUAGGCUCAAAUAUCCAGUGUCUCAACAAAACAAGAAUGCGCCUUCCACUGCAGGCCUGGGCUACGGAUCAUGGGAAAUCGAUCCAAAGGACCUGACCUUCUUAAAGGAGCUGGGGACUGGACAAUUUGGGGUAGUGAAAUAUGGAAAAUGGAGAGGCCAGUAUGACGUGGCCAUCAAGAUGAUCAAAGAAGGCUCCAUGUCCGAGGAUGAGUUCAUUGAAGAAGCCAAAGUCAUGAUGAAUCUUUCCCAUGAGAAGCUGGUACAGUUGUAUGGCGUCUGUACCAAGCAGCGCCCCAUCUUCAUCAUCACUGAGUACAUGGCCAAUGGCUGCCUCCUGAACUACCUGAGGGAAAUGCGCCACCGCCUCCAGACUCAGCAGCUGCUGGAGAUGUGCAAGGAUGUCUGUGAAGCCAUGGAAUACCUGGAGUCAAAGCAAUUUCUUCACCGAGACCUGGCAGCCCGAAACUGUUUGGUAAAUGAUCAAGGAGUUGUUAAAGUAUCUGACUUCGGCCUGUCCAGGUAUGUCCUGGAUGAUGAAUACACAAGCUCAGUAGGCUCCAAAUUUCCAGUCCGGUGGUCUCCACCAGAAGUCCUUAUGUAUAGCAAGUUCAGCAGCAAAUCUGACAUCUGGGCUUUUGGGGUUUUGAUGUGGGAAAUUUACUCUCUGGGGAAGAUGCCAUAUGAAAGAUUUUCUAACAGUGAAACAGCUGAACACAUUGCCCAAGGUCUACGUCUCUAUAGGCCUCAUCUAGCUUCAGAGAGGGUAUAUAGCAUCAUGUACAGCUGCUGGCAUGAGAAAGCAGAGGAACGUCCUACUUUCAAAAUUCUUCUGAGCAACAUCCUAGAUGUCAUGGAUGAAGAAUCCUGAGCUCACCAAUAAGCUUCUUGUUUCUACCCCUCUCCUCCACAAGCCCCAAUUUCAUUUCUGAGGAAUUCCCAAGUUUACAGGCACUGGAUCCUUUGUGCUCUUGCUGAAUACACAAAGGCCCCUCUCUACAUCUAGGAAUGACUCUCUUCUAUGAUUCUCUGGGAUAGUACCUUCUGAGCAAAAGCCAAGGAAUUCUUGUGCCUGGUAUUGUUCUCAGAGAAAAUAAUUUCCAGGAGUAUUAAGACAGGACUGAAUUUGGGAUGGAAAAUUUGGAGGAGGGAGGGAUGUAAAUAGCCUGACAAGGUAUCCAACAGCUCUUUGGGUAGGCAUUAGAGCUUGGGGGGCGGGAGGCAGAAUUUGGCAAGAAUAAAAUGGUGUCAUAAAAAUGGGAGGGCAGGGUGUUUUGAUAAAAUAAAAUUACUGGAAAGCAUGAAGGUUUCUUGCUACCUCGAUUAAUCACACAACCUCCCUGAAGCGCCCUAUCUCAGUGUUGCAGAGAACUGUUGCCUGGCAUUGGUUUGCCAUAUUCCUACUUUGAGAACUUGGCAAGAUUCACGGCAAUUUAACUCCUCUGGCUCUUGGAAAAUUCUGGCUCUAAAUCAGAGAUAAACUCACAAGCAAAGCACCAGUGCAUGCAGCAUGACCGGAAUGAAUCUGAAAGUUGGGGACAAAUUCUGCAGGAGCCUCUUUCAAAACACCAUCAAAGAACUGGGGCUCCAGGAUGGCUAAGAGACGGGCCUAGCAGUCACAGCGGCAGGAAAAGCGCGGGCCAAUUUGGAAGUGGGCAGGGCCAGGGCUUCUCGGGCAGGCCGAACCAGCCACCUGGUGUGAAGUAACUUCCUUUUUCACUUUUGACCGUUUCUCUUUGGAAUAGCAUCUCGACCGCAUCGCAACACCCGGCUACAAGCCCGGAGGCCUCCCAGCUGACGU